AUGAAACCCCUCUUUAUUUCCUUUCUUUUCUCCAUUGUGGGGUUUGCCUCAGCCCAGGUGUUUAGACUGGGAGGUUGUCCGGAUGUUCCAGUACAAAGUGACUUCGAUGUAGAUCAAUAUUACGGUAGUUGGUACGAGUUUGAGCGAUAUUUCUUCAUUGCUGAGGAAUUAUUGAGGUGUUCUGCGGCAUCGUAUACCCCCAAACCAGACGGUACCAUUCAGGUCAUCAACUCCGGCAUUAAUUUUAUUACAGGGCGUAAUUCUUCGGUGACAGGGACGGCAUCAGUGGACUCUACCGCCGCUAACCCCGCCAAACUGAGAGUCAGUUUUGGGAGAUUUUCUAAUGGUCCGUAUUGGGUACUGAAGACCGACUAUGACCAGUAUUCAAUUGUAUAUUCCUGUAAUAAUAUUUUCUUUGGAAAAGCCCGCACAGAGGUGAUAUGGAUUCUCACACGUGAAAGAAGUGGAGUGACAGACGAGGUGAAAAGUGACCUUUAUCAAUAUAUCCGGCAAAUUGGCCUUGACCCCAGUAAUCUCAAACCCACGCAGCAGACAAAUUGUUGAUAGUUAGAUAAUUUAUGGUUUAAAGACGGUU